AUGGAAAUAACUAAAAACAGUAAAAAGACUGACAACAUUAUUGCUUAUUUGACUGUUGUUAAAGCAUAUGCCAUUCCUCACAGUUUAUUUGUUUUUGCCUCAUUUCUUGGUGUUUUCGCGAUAACUGUUGACAGAUUCUUGGCCAUUCAUCUUCACAAUCUCAGAUACCAGAAACUUGUGACUCACAAACGGGUAGUUGCUGUAGUGAUCUCAUUCUGGGAGUUCAGUGUAAUUGCUUGCUUCUGGUAUGAAUUGAUAAGUGUUUUGUCCGUGAUGUCAGUUGUUUGUAUCAUAACUACAGGAUUGCUUUAUUGCAAGAUAUACGCAGCCGAAAGACACCACACAAACCAGAUUCGCGCUCUGCAAGUACCUGAACAAGUAGAUCAGAAUGGAGACAUGGCAAAUACCGCAAGGCUGAGAAAAACUGCCGUUGCUACAUUUUACAUGUAUAUCUUGUUUUUAAUUUUUCAUAUUUAUAGUUUGUUCAAAAAAUAUAUAAACUCGUGUAAUGCUAAGCUGCGAAGGCAACGCCGGAGAACGGUGAAAAACAACAAUAGGUCUAAUUAG